UAUACACACAGUACCAAGGUAAACUAGGCACAUUGCCGCCAAGGAACCUAUAUACUGUAGGACUUUAUUCACAAAAACACCAGAAAAUAACUUCUUCAGAGAGCUAUUACAACAUUUAAGGCUGGCAUAGUGUAGAAGUGUUGAAAAAUACAUUUUACUAUCAAGCAUCGAAAAUGUCACUACUCAAUGGGAAACUGUUUAGCAAAAACACUUCUAAGCAGAAAAUGCUGAACCAACUGUUUGGUGCGCUGAUCUUGGGUGUGAUCUCUCUUGGAAUCUUUUGUUCCAGUAUGCAUCUGAGAACAUACCCUCCAAAAAUAAAGCAAAAAAUCAAAAUGCAGAAACCGUCACGAACGCAUCUUCACAAAUCGGCUCACAUAACACAAAAUAAAUGGGGGAGUAUAAACAGUACAAAAUUCUUAGACUACACUAAAAAUAAGAGAUGUUUCUUCCUCUGUGAUACGGAAGACAACAAUAAUUGUUUUGAUGCCGAAGAAACGGUCCUAGUAUAUAAGAACGACGUGUGGCCAAGGAAAAUGCGUUUUAUGCAAGAGAUUCGACCCCGGUUAAACCAACGAACAUACCUAGAGGAAGAACAGUACGGCACACUUGAUGGGGUCCACUGCAACAUUAGCAUUUACUAUCCAGAACUAAGAACGUUACAUCAGAGUAAAACAUGUGCAAUAGUCGGGGCAAGUGGGCAACUCAUUAACAGUGGGUGUGGCCCACAAAUUGAUGCUCACGAUUUUGUGAUCAGGGCAAACCUUGCGCCUAUUAUGAACUACACAAAGGAUGUAGGAAACAAAGUAAAUUUAACAGGCAUUAACUUUAAUAAGUUGGAAACGAUUUUCAAAAAUCUUGUAGACAAGACAUCAGACGACCCCGAGCAUGUGGAUAUGGUGGAAAAUAUCCGAUAUUUGAAUGACUCUGUGCUGUGGUUUACCAAAGCAACCACGGCUAGACAUGCAGCAGAGAAGCUGAAAGUUAUAGCAUCAAUUUUGAAGACGGGCUAUAAAUUGCCAAUUCAAAUGGCGUACAUAAUGCGAUCGUCAUCUGUUGAAAGACGAUUUCAUCUGAAGAAGGGUGUGUAUGCAAGUACAGGAAUGAACAUUUUCGCGUUUGCCAGAACAUUUUGCCAAAACAUUACUCUGUACGGAUUCUACCCGUUUGACGAAAACCAUCACCGAACACCGAUAUGGAGACAUUAUUUCGAAAAUGCAACGUUCAACUUUCAGAGUCAACAGCACGAUAUGGUCCAUGAAUUCACCAAGCUUUCUGCUAUGCAUUUACGAGGCGAGGUCACAAUGGUAACAGACAAAUGUUCAAUGAAUGAGAAAGAUCAAACAAGGCAUAUUCACGUCCCUAAAUCCUUCAACAAAACCCUGCUUGCAAGGGAACUUCAAUUGACAGUCGGCAAAGAAGAAAUGAAAUCACUGAUGGAAAAAUAUGUAAAUUAGGGUAUUUAGAUAUUAAGCAAUUUGGUUGUAAAAAGCCAUGAAAUGUGUAGUGAAUUUGAGUGUUUGUUCUUAGGUUUAUACUUUAUUAUUUAGUUUAAUAAUCACAUCCCUUUUGAGAGAUAGUUCUGAAUUAUCUUUGAAGGAUAUCGUUUGAUAUACAAACUGCUUCAACACAUACAUAUUUUGAUAACUGCAUAGUUCAGUCAGAUAUAUAGUGGUAUUCACGGUGUGUGCACUGAACCAUGGAGACAUUGGGUCCCUAGUUCAAAUCUGUCACUGCUCUUUUAGUGUUUUAUUUGGAGAGCUGAAAUGAAGUAGAAGGUGCUAUAGCUCAUAGCUCCUUUUGAAAAAAAACCCUAUUGAUCCACAGUGGCGUAUCUGGAAGGGAAGGGGAGGGGGUGGUGCACAUUCCCCACUAAAAAUUACUUCCCCCCCCCCACAGAUUUCCCCACAAAAAUCACAGUCAAAUUGUUACAAAGUACAUAAAAUCACAUUAUUUUGCAAGUUAGCUCCCCUCAACUGAUCAUUGAUCCCUUCACCUUCGCGCCCCUCCCCCAUCAGCACACCCCACUUCAAGACUCCCAGAUACGCCACUGUUGAUCCAGUAGCAGAGUGCAUCCGAGUAUUAAAAUGGGGAUGGUUAAGGGGCAUGAAGGGGAAGUGAGGAAGAGCUAGGUGAGGGCAUAAGAGGAUUUUUAACUGCUUGAAUGUUUGCCUAGGGUGCUUAUUUUUCAGGUGCCUUCAUUGUCCUUAGACUCUUGUGCACAUUAAACAAGUCUAUAUGUACUCUAUAUAUAUACUGGUAUAUAAAAAUGAGAGUUGGGUGUUUAAUGUUGUCUCCAAGUUAAUCACAAAAUGCACCACUGCGUAAAAUAUACGUGCAUGAUACUACUCAGCUGUAAGGUUAAGUGCAGUAUUUAUUUUAGUUUACGAACUACAAGACAAACAUUUAUACAAUAAACUGGGACUAGUUUUUUUUUUUUACUCUUUAUUCUAAUGUCAGAAAAUAAAUUAUACAAAACUGUUACAAUAUAAAUAUCUAGAUAGAUAUCCAUCUAGAUAGAUAUGUAACAAGCAUUUUAACAUUCCAAUUCACACAAGACAAAAUUUUACAAAGGACGUGUGUGCUGGGGAAAAUUUAGCAACAUUCACUGCAUCCAUGUGAAAGCGGAUCAGUGCAAGAUUAGCAUUGUCCUAUGUAAGAAUUUUUGUCAUGUGUAACUCUUAAACGCUGUCCAUACUAUCAACUUUUAUGCGACAAAUAAAUGUGAUAUGCCCAUAUUUGGGUGUAGUAUGACAUCAUCAUGUCCAUAUAUGGGCACAUCACACACAUUUGUCACAUCAAAUUUGACAGUGUGGACAGAGCAUUAUUCAAGGUGUUCAAAAUGAUUUGCAUAAAAUUCACUCUAUACUUCAUCAAACACUAUAGAAAUUGUUUUAUAUAUGUUUUUUUAAUAACAUUUUUUAUACUUUGCUUACAGUAGAUAGUUUUUAACGAGUUGUUUUAAAUUUAGGGUCAUAAACAAUAUUAUCAAUGAAAUAAUUUGCAAUAAAAAAUAUUGGAAAUUAACCAUGUUUAAGUUUGACGAAGAAAAUAUAAUAUAGUUGUUAAUUUCACCGAUGGAUAAUGUACAAAUAGCAAUUCUAACACUUAAUUAUUGUUGAAGUUUACUAUCUCCGCACACACACAGUAGAUUUUAAAAGUAUAAUUUUUAGCAAUGUAUGUAGUACACAAAAUUCUAUCAGCCUUGUCUGAAGCAAUGACCAGACUAUCAAAAACAUGUGACAUGCCUUAAUAUGGUCAUGAUGACAACACAUCAUGACCAUAUAUAGACACAUCAUACAGUAACUAUAUAUGGGCAUACAACAAUUUUUUUUUUCAAAGUAAGUUUGAGUCUUGCCAUCCCCAAAAAAGCCGACUGUCGCUAAUUGUUAAAUGAUAUGAUUAGCAUAAGAAAGUGGCAGUAUCGUAUACUUUAGUACAGAGAAGCUAUAAUACUUUACUCAUAACUUUGGCAAUAGUAAAUUGAUUUCAGUAUUGUAAUGACCCAUCAUUUCAAAACUUAUAAUUUGGAGAAUAAGAAUAUAUUAAAAAGUCAAUUUUCAUUUUUUGGUCACUUAAGGCCUGUUUAUACUUCAACGAUAACAAUAACGAUAAAAAAGC